AUGAAGUAUAAGAAACCACACUGUAGUUGCAUUUUUACUCUUUAUAGCAACGUAUCAAUGUUUUUUUUCCCGAUUUAUCUUUUAUACAGACAACUCAUUUGUGACGCCGAUAAGGAUCAAGGAUCCUCAAGAAAUGGUGACAGAAUUAACCGAGCUGUGAUAAGGGAAUGUGCCUUGAGAUCCGAGACUUAUAAUCUCGUGAAUAUGCUUAACAAUGGUAAAAUACUCACUAUUGACUCUUCUGUCAGGGCGUCCCCACAACUCCAAAUAUUACUGGCAUCAGCACAGUCUCCAGUUCCCGAAGCUAGCACUUCACAGCCUUCCGAGCCCAAAGUCCCUGCUCAGCCUGCUGCACCACAAGCUGGAUCUGCUGAUGCACCUCAAGCUGGUUUGGCUGCAGCUGCACUACAAGCUGGAUUGGAUGCUGCCGAACCCAAGAUGAAGAAAUGGAUUUAG